ACCUCAGCUGAUCCAUUUCUCCUACCUUCGGAUUUUGUCCCAUGAGGUCAACAUUUUUGUGUGUACGGUAGGCUCUUUAUUUUCAAAGAUUAAUGAGUCUCUUACCAAAAACACAUGAAGAUUUCAGUCAAACAGAAUACUGGAAUGAGUUUUUCAAGAAAAGAGGGCCAAAGGCGUUUGAAUGGUAUGGAGAAUACCCGGAAUUGUGUGGCCUUCUUCAUAAGUAUAUUAAACCAAAGGAUGUAAUCCUUAUGGUAGGAUGUGGGAAUUCUACACUAAGUGCCGAUUUGUAUGAUGUUGGUUAUAGACAUAUAACAAAUAUUGACAUCAGUCAUGUGGUAAUCAAACAAAUGCAAGAUGCCCAUGGAAAGGACCGUAUUAAUAUGGUGUAUCAACAGAUGGAUGCACUGAACAUGACUUUUAAUGAUUGUCAGUUCAGUGUAGUUCUUGACAAAGGAACAUUGGAUGCACUUAUGCCAGAUGAUUCUGAGGAUGUUAGAAGAAAAAUUGACAAACUCUUUAAUGAAAUUGACCGUGUUCUUCGUGUAGGAGGCCGUUAUAUUUGUGUAUCAUUGCUUCAAGAUCACAUCCUUGUCAAGUUACUAGAAUUCUUCCCAACAGCUGGUUGGAUGUUACGGGUGUGUCGAUGCAUUGAAGCAGAACAUAGAUCAGCACAAAGUGGAGAUGGAGCAUGUUUACCAGUCUUUAUUGUUGUUUGCACGAAGUUCAAGAAACUUCCUAACAUUCAGCCUGUACUUGAGAUCUGUUUGGCUGGAGAGCAUAUUCAAAGAGUCUGUUCUCAAGACGAAGUCAAGUCUAGUGUGAAAGCUCUUCAGCAGUCAUCACUAGUAUGUUCAAGACUGAAUCGUGGAAGUGUAGCAGGGCAUGGUGAAGUCUUCCUUGAUCUUUUUCGUCCUGGGGAGACAAAUCCACGUUAUACAGUCAAUGUCCUAGAUCAACCAUAUGCCAAGGAAACUGGAAGAAGAUUUGCAGCCUUCAUUGUACCACAGGGAAGGGAGACAGAAUGGCUUUUUGCAACACCUGAGGGCCGUUCAACAUUGCUGAAAUCUGCAGGCUUUGAUCGACUGGCUGUUGUGUCAUUACACAGAGACCAAACAUAUAAAGGACUGGAUGCUGUUCAGGAGGAACUGACUGACAGCAUCUUGCACUUAGCACCACCUGGCCUUUUACAGAAUGCACAAAUUCCAUUCUUAUCAGUUGGUUCUGAUGUUGGGAGAAGGGAAAUUUGUUACCGUGGACACAGUCAGAUGUCUGGAGACUUCAUAGUUGAAGAGGUUGAAGGUGAUGGAGGACAGUUGUUCCGAAGGCUUAUUUUCUUGAACAGCCAAGGUGUCAUUCAGUCCGAGGCACGCUUGAAGCUGUUAAAAUCGAGGAAAGGAAAACCAAAAAAAGUAAUUGAUGUUGGUUAUUUGGCUUGUGAACAUCACACUUACAUGACAGUUGGUGUUGCCCUUGCUGCACCAGAUGGAGCAGAAUGCAAUGUUGCAGUUAUUGGUCUUGGGGGAGGAGGAUUGUGCACCUUUCUGCAACAUUGCUUCCAGAAGAUACGGAUCACAGCCGUGGAUAUAGAUCCAGCCAUGCUUGAAGUUGCCACAGACUAUUUUGAUUUGGUUCAAGAUGAAAGACUUGAUGUGUAUAUUAGAGAUGGCGCUCAGUUCAUUCAACAGGCUGCAGAGAAAGGAACUUCAUUCCAUGCAGUUCUGUUUGAUGUGGACAGCAAAACUCCUGGUGCUGGUAUGAGCUGUCCUCCCCCACAGUUCCUAGAACCCUCUCUGUUAAAAGAUGUAAAGAAAUGUGUAGGAGAUAAAGGUUUGUUUAUCCUCAACUUAGUUUGCCGCAUUUCUAAGCUCAGAGAAGAAGCAAUAAACAACAUCAAAGAUGUUUUCAAAUCAGUCAGCUCCUACAAACUGGAACAGGAAGUAAAUGAGAUAAUCUUUUGUACUGAUGAUGCUGUUGAAGAGAAACAAACAUGGAGAAACAGCUUAGAAGAGGCUGCCAAGAGAGUCAAUGGACUUGCAAAGAAAAGAAAAUUACAGGCUGGAGAUUUAGUAGAUGUCUCAAACCUUGUAAAUUCUCUUAAAAUCACUGCAUGAUUGCUCAACUCAGCAUCUCCUUUGUACUUGUAUCAUAAUUAUAUUAUCUUACAAUAAAUGAGUGUCAUGUGUGCGAUUAAUAAUAUAUGUAAUUAAUGGAAUAAAGACAUUCAGUUUUUAGACGAA